UUCUUUAUAAUUGUUGGGAUCUUUGCGAACAAUGGUCCUUAUCCAUACAAUUCUGGCUAUCCUGAAAACUGUGAUAACAAUGUCCAGAAUGAUCCAUUUACCAACAAUGAAAACCAGUUCAAUCAAAGAGGUGUUCCGACACCCUAUGAGGUGCUUGUCAACAGUAAUUCUGACUUUGCCUUCAAGUUCUUCAAGAAAGUGACAACUAAUGGAGGCCAACGGAAUAAUUUCAGAAAGAAGAACAUUGUCUUCUCUCCCAUGUGUAUCUCCUCUGCAUUUGCAAUGCUGGCCUUGGGUGCCAGGUCCGACACCUUAGAUCAGAUCCUUAGAGGACUUGACUUUAGACCAUCAGAGAUCCAGGAGAGGAUGAUCCAUGAAGGUUUCCAUGACCUCAUCUACAUGUUAAACAGUGGGGGGUCUGGCCUGCAGGUGGAAAUGGGCAAUUGCCUAUUUGUAGAAAACCACCUGCAUCCACAAGAACAAUUCUUACGGGGACUCAGAACUAUCUAUGGAGGAGACAUCUAUAUGGAAAACUUCAAGAACACAGCAGAAACCCAACAGCACAUCAACAACUAUGUUGAAAGGAAAACUCAUGGAAAGAUUGCCAAGCUUGUAGAUGGAGUUGAUCCUAUUACUGAGAUACUUCUGGUUAGCUAUAUUUACAUAAAAGCCAAAUGGAAGAAGCCCUUUGAUCCAAAGUACACUGAGAUGCGUGACUUCUAUGUGGAUCCGUACACCACUGUGAAAGUGCCCAUGAUGUUCCAGAUGGGCAUGUUUGAAGUUGGCCGUGACAAUGAGAGGUCUUGCACGGUUCUGAAAAUGCCAUACGAAGGACACGCGGCUUCGUAUUUUAUCUUGCCUGACAAAGGGCAACUGGAGAAGGUGGCCAGCAGCUUAUCAUGUGAAGCUUUGAAGACAUGGGAAAGAAUACUGAAAAAGAGUUCUGUCAACGUGUAUCUUCCAAAAUGCUUAGCUAGUGGAGAGCUUAACCUGAAAGACAUUAUGUACACCAUGGGCGUGGUUGACGUCUUCACUGACAAAGCAGACCUCUCUGGCAUCACGGGGCAGCCUCAGCACAGGCUCUCGGGUGCCCUUCAUAAGGCUAUGAUGGUAAUAGAUGAAAGAGGAACAGAAGCGGCAGGAGCCUCCUCUAUGGAUCUUGUGCCAAUGUCUAUACCAACUGUUAUCAAGUUUGACAGUCCUUUCAUUACUAUGAUGGUAGAUGAAAAGACCCAGAGUAUCCUCUUCAUGGCAGAGAUCCUAAAUCCUGCUGAGAAGUAGA